CCGUGUGGGCGCGACGGCGAUCGUCGUGUGCGUCGUGGGUAAAGUUCCUUGCUUGUAGCGAUUAGUAUAUAAAUGUGGUCCAGGUCGCCCAUUUGCGUUAAUUACUGUUCGUCCUUCUUUCUGCGUAGACCGGAUUGUGCGAGUUGCAGAAUCGUGUGUGUCCUGUGUGUGUCCAUUGUGUGUGCGUGUUUUUUGAGAAAAUAGCUGAAUUGAAGGAAAAGCCAUGACCGACUUCGACGCCGCAUCCGCACUCCUAAUGCUGAGUUCCGGAUAUCAUCAGUACAAGAACGAGAAUAACAAUAUCCGCACCGUGCUGAAAUCGGUCAACACCGCAACAGCCAACAGCUCAGCGCCCUCGUCACCGGCCAAAAAACGGGAGCGAAAGAAUGGAUCACCCAAACAGCGGAUCGUUGUGCCCCAGCCGGCAGCAUUCACCAUAGCGACCAUACACGAGAACUUCAGUCAGCAUGAACUGCUUGGUCGGUUGUCGUCUGAGACUGUGCCGAAGGGUAAAACCCCGCGAAUUGCACCGAUCAGAAUGGGCUCAUCCUCACCGGAUGUGGAAAAGUGGGAUAGCAGAGGAAUUGCUUUGUCGUCUCCCACGCUGGAACUGCAUCCGGACUCGACGACAUCGGCCGAGAACGUUUCCUCGAUGCUGUACGCUAGCCCCGGUAUGAACGGUUUCGCUAUGCUGCUAAAGUCGAGCGGCAACCAGUACACGAGCUCGCCGGAACCUCAGACAGUAGUGGUCGGUGGUACACUUUUAGAGGAAACAAAUAAGAAACGAUUCCUUGGUAAUCAUCUGGUAGAAGACGAGGAAGGCGCCAGUGCGAUCGUUGUAACGGCGGACAAACCAGCACGAUCCCCUUCGGAUUCGGGAGUUUCAUCCAUUCUCGACGAGCUGCAGCAACCGGUACUGCAGCGCUGGAGCAAGGAUAGGGAUGCAAGCGACACGGUCCUACCGGCGAGUGUGCAGACGGAGUUGGACAAAAUUAACGAAACAUCCGCGUACAACAAGGACAUCUACACCAAAUCAAAGCUGGCCAACUUUCCGCUGGAAAUGACUUUCAACGCGGCAAAAUCUCGCAUCCGGAAGGAGUGCACGAACGAAAUCGACCACCAGGACCGCAUCAAGAAUAACGAAGCGUCGCGUCGAUCGCGCCACAAGAAAAAGCUCAUUACGCACAUGCUGAACAUCAGUCUCGAGUUCGAUCGGAUGGAAAAUCGGCAGCUGUACAUGGAGGAACGCAGGUUGACGAACAUCAUCAUGGAGCUGGAAGAGAAAGCACUGAACCGUGGAGUCGAUGCGCAGGUUGUCCAAAAAUUGCGAUCCUCGUGCGGAUUUCAGUGAGCACCGGAGGCCGGUCGAUGAUGGCUGGGGCUGGGGUCGACGCGGCGCUAACGAAGGGUUCAGAAUCCUGAUUGUGCAUGUACUACUUAGAUGCUAAAGAAAGCAGGGAAGGAAGGAAACAGGACACAACGGCGGCCGCAUUGUAUUUAUUGAUAUUUAGUUGUAUUUGUCCUUGAUUUUCGCCUAUACUGUGUUGUUCAUAUUUUUUACAUUUUUACAAACUAUUUGUAUUUGUAUUGACGCAAGCAAACUGUAUCUUUAUUGACUAUGAAACGUAAAUAAAAUUGUGAAGAAAAGCGGG